AUGAUCUGUAUAGAAUGUGGUUAUCCCAAUAUUGACUGUUUAUACUCCAAGUAUAAAAGUGAUUAUAUCAAAUUAAGUGUGUGUCCAGAAUGUAAUAAAAUCGCCGAUAAGUAUAUUGAAUAUGAUUCGGUGAUUCUAUUUUUGGACAUUUUAUUACUUAAAAGACAAGCAUAUAAGCAUUUAGCAUAUAAUUUAACUGAAAUGGAAAUGAUUUCCUCAAUUCAUUCUAAUAUCAAUAGUAAUUUCAAAUUUUUGCAAACUUAUGGAAAACUUAUGAAAUUGAUAUUUAUGAUUUUAUCAUUUGAAGUUUAUUUAACUUGGGCUAAUGAAGAGAAAUUAUUGAUUCAUUCACAAUUAAUUAAUUUAAUUUUUAGUCAAUCAGUUAUAUAUCAAUAUUUAUUUUUCAUUAUUAAGUCAAGUUUAGAGAAUUUAAUAUUAAAUUUAUCACUACAAUUGAUUUUAAGAUUUGGAUAUAAAUGGGGACAAAGUACACCGAAAAUAAAUGGCAAUGUCAGUGAUGAAGAGUUUUUUGGAUAUAAAACUUCUGUAUUAUUGGUGACUACUAUGGUAUCAGGAUCAAUCAGAUUAUUUCCUAUAUUAAUGUUUAUUUGGCCAUACGAUAAUAUAUCUAUCACUAAACCACUAAUAAAUUUGAUUGCCUUUAUAAAUAUUGUAGAGGCACUACGAGUUGUCACAAGUUUGGGAUAUAUAAAAUUAAUACUAAGUUUGGCGUUCAGCAUAGUUAUCAAAAAUAUAGUGUCAAAACUGUUACUAGUACUAAUCGUCAACCUAUUUUUGGAUUUUAACUUUACAGAAGUUAAUCACAACGAAAUGUAUCAAUUAUAUUCACAGUUUCAAACCUAUAUACAUUGGAUUUAA